CCCUCCCCCCUCCCUCUCUCUCUCUCUCACACACACAGUCACACACAGACAUGUAAACAUAUGUUACUGUAUAAAUAAUGGUAUACUAAUAUAUAGUGUUCUCUGCUCAUUGUUCUGUUCGCCGUCCAUUCAUUUUUUAUUCUCUCUCUCCUUCUUCGAGUCUUCUUCAGAAUAACAAGAAAGAGAGAGAGAAAUCAUUUACUUCCAGAGUUUUUCGAUCGUUGUGAUAGAUUUUCACGGUCGGUUUCAUAUUUGUAACAUUUAGAUUCUUUUGUUCAUUAAUUUUGGCAAAUGUUGUGGUACUAUUAAUUGUUUGCAUUUGUGUUUGAAAGAGAUCUCAAGUUCAGUUUUUUUUCUUGUCAACUGUUUGAAAUUUGACCAAGAAAAGAGCUCACAAGCUCUUGUUUUUCUCGGCGACUCUUUCCGGCGAUCUCUCUCCGGUUAGCUUCGCUCCUUGCCGGUUAAGAUACAAAGAUUCGUGGGUUUGAUUUUUGCUUUGCUUAAACGCCAUUGAUUUUGUUUACAGAGGAAAGAAAAAAGUUGAAGUGUCACCUUCUCUCUCUGCAAGUUUUGUUGUAGAGGUUGGACUCGUGUAAUGUAUGUGGUCAAAACUGGGUCUGACCGGUUUUUCUGAAAUGGGUGUCUGUGACUCUGAUAGCUAUUGCAGAGGCAAGUUUGUGAUCUGAGUCUCUUGAACGAAAACAAUUUUGAUUCGAAUCUUCAAAACAGAGCUCCAAAUCAACAGCAAGAUGAUGCGAAAGAAGACUAAACCGACGGGGCCGUCACCGUUGAAUGGUGGUUCAGGCAACCUUGGCGGCGGAAGAGGCGGCCCCGAGGGUGAAUGGGAAGUCCGGCCAGGAGGAAUGCUGGUUCAGAAGCGAAAUCCAGAUUCAGAUCAAAACAUUAUUCCACCACCCACCAUUCGGGUUCGGGUCAAACAUGGGUCAAUAUACCACCAAAUCAAUAUCAGCUCUCAAGCCACAUUUGGGGAGUUGAAGAAGAUGUUGUCCGGGCCAACGGGUUUGCACCACCAAGACCAGAAGCUGCUCUACAAGGACAAGGAGAGGGACUCCAAGGCGUUCCUGGAUGUCACCGGUGUGAAGGACCGGUCAAAGAUUGUGCUAGUUGAGGACCCAAUUAGCCAAGAAAAGCGGUUGCUCGAGAUGAGAAAGAGUGUGAAGAUGGAGAAGGCAUCAAAGUCAAUUUCGGAGAUCAGCUUCGAGGUUGAUAGGCUCGCUGGGCAGGUUUCAGCUCUUGAAUCGGUGAUUUCCAAAGGUGGGAAAGUUGCAGAGAAGACUGUGUUGAAUCUGAUUGAGAUGUUGAUGAAUCAACUGCUUAAAUUGGAUGGAAUUAUCGCCGACGGAGAUGUGAAACUGCAGAGGAAAAUGCAGGUGAAAAGAGUGCAGAAAUAUGUUGAAACACUAGAUAUGUUGAAAAUAAAGAACUCAAUGCCGAGCAGCAAUGGAAAUCAAGCACAACAGCCAUCACCAUUUCAAGAGCAUAAGCAACAGAGGUACUCAAAUGGACAGAUUCACUCACCGACUCAGCAGCAGCACGCGAGGCAUUCGGUUGGGGAUUCGCCAAUACAGACACCGCAGCAGCAGCUGCAGCCCUCGAGGCAUUCCACCUCAGGGUCUUCCACUUCAGGGUCUGUUGUCAUAACCACAAAUUGGGAAACUUUUGAUUCUGUACCUGCAGCUGCCACGGCCAAAUCGGCUACUGUCAACUCGGUACAUCCCAAUUUCAAUUGGGAUUUGCUUUAAUAAGUAGGUAAAACCCAAAUUACAUGUUCUGGUGUGCGGAUGUGUGUGUUGGAUUUGUCCACAAAGUUGGUUUGCUAUUUCUCUUCUCCAUUCUUUUCCUUAUUUUCGAUUUUGUUAGCAACCCCUUCUAUAUGUGAUUCAGUUCAGAAAUAAACGGGGUACUGUAAUAUCAAUCAACAUUACUUUGUUCUUUUCUUUUUAUCUCCGUUUCAAUCCUUAAAUUCAUGGCAUUGUAUGUCUCUUGUAUUGACAGUGAUGUUGAUAUCUAUAAAUAGAUCUGUUAAUAGCAAA